AUGUUUUCUAAAAUGAUUAUAGAAUUUUUAGUUUUGCAAAUCUUGGGUAUAUCCUCAGGUGAAGUACGGAAACCAUUUGCUCGUUUUCUGAGUCUAGACAAGACCAAAGUCCUGCUUUACACGAAGACAGAAGAAGCAUUAAUUGUGAGGUCAAGCUACAAGAGCAAUGGGCCAAACAGCAGCUAUCUUUCUGUAUAUUUAGAAGACCUGGAAGUGGCACAAGUGGUAAACGUGACCAAGAUGUCCUCGGAGGUGAUGAACUUUAAAAUAAGCCUGCUGACAAAGAGAGAAGGUGAGACAAGUUUAAUCAUUCAACUAUGGGAUUCCGUAGGUGGGCAAGAUAGACUAGUUGAAGAGAUAAAAGAUAUUCAAAUCAAGGUGAUCUUCAAACCUAAAACUGAGACUCUCCUACAGGCACCUUUGCAUUUUGACAGCUCUGCCCUAAUGCUGAUUUUACCAAUGAUACUGCUUAAUAAAUGUGCAUUUGGCUGCAAGAUUGAAGUGGAGACACUCCAGAUUGCAUGGAAGAAACCCUUGCCAAUACUUCUUGGUGGAGCUAUACAAUUUUUUGUCAUGCCAUUCUGUGGAUUUGUUUUUACUAGGAUUUUGGCAUUAUCCCAGGCUCUCUCUUUCGGAUUUGUCAUGACUUGUACCUGUCCUGGAGGAGGUGGAGGCUAUCUCUUUGCCCUGCUUCUGGAAGGUGAUAUCACUUUGGCCAUUGUGAUGACUUGUGCUUCAACAUUAUUAGCACUGAUAAUGAUGCCUCUAAAUUCAUUUAUUUAUAGUAGAAUGUUGGGGCUGCAUGGUUCACUUCAUAUUCCUGUUUCUAAAAUCGUGACAACCCUCUUUUUCAUAGUUAUACCGAUAUCAGUAGGCAUAAUCAUUAAGCGGAAAGUACCUAAAUGGGCAAGCUACCUAGAAAAAAUAAUUAAACCUUUUAGUUUUGUGUUAAUGUCUAUAGGGAUAUAUUUGAGCUUCAGGAUGGGAUUAAUGUUUGCAAGAACAAUCAACUUGGAGGUAUUUUCCCUGGGACUAUUAAUUCCUGCUUUGGGUUUGUUGUUUGGAUAUUCUUUUUCUAAAAUGUUUAUGUUGCCCCUUCCAGUUUGCAAAACAGUUGCUAUUGAAGGUGGGGCAUUAAAUAGUUUCUUAGCACUGGCCAUUAUUCAGCUCUCUUUUCCACAACACAAGGCAGAGUUGGCAUCAGUUGCUCCUUUUACAGUAGCCAUGUGUUCUGGUUGUGAAAUGUUGUUUAUGAUUCUAUUAUACAAAGUUAAGAAAAUUACUGCUCUCAAUGAAGAUGAAAAACUAAACUCUUUUGUCUAA